UCCCUCCCUCAGAGGUUAGCGCCUACUUUCCUUUUGGCUGUGAACAGCACAGCUAAUUCCGUGCAUUUCGGACGCAAUUGGAUACCUAACACAUUGUAGUGGAUUGGAUGAUCCGAUCGAUUACUUGCUUCUUCGUGUCCUGAUACGAUUUGCAAGGAGAACGCAAUCGGAUGUUUUCGUGUUUCUAGCCGGUUUGCAAGCAAAACAAUACCAAACAAAAACAACCAUGCAUGGAGUCACAACUACAAAACGCCUGAGGGGAUCAUAAGAUGGAUCAGGGAGGAGUGAAGAAGAGCAGGAGUAACAACGACAACAGCCGAGUUAAGCUCCUUCUGGGCGAAACACCCUCAGAGAGAACCCCUCUCACUGGUGCUCCCUGCAGUGCCAUGUCCGUUGCUUUGGCAACCACCACCACCUCCUUCCUUCCAUCCAGCCAGCUGAUGCAACCAGGUGAGGUGCCCAGCGGACUCAGUAACAGCCCUCCUCCCUCAGGUGAGGACCUCGCCUCAGCCUCCGUCACGGCCUCCGUGGGCCUCUACCUGGAAGACCCAGAGCCUCCCACCACAAAGCUCCUGCCCCAACAGACUAACACGUCCCUGGGCCUUGGACUCUUCACCCUUGGGGAUACCUACUCCCGCCUGGAAGACAGCAUCGCUGACUUCCACCGCUCCUCACCCAGCAUGGACUCUCUGAUCGGGGGCUCGGACCCUAACCUGUUCCCCAUGUCCAUGAGGACGGAGACAGACUUCUCCCGGGACCAGGACCUUAUGGAUAUGGACCAGGAAGGGUACAUUGGAAAAGACCAGAAACUGUUCAACGACAACACUCUGGAUCUCCUCCAGGACUUUGAGUUGACAGGCUCCCCCUCAGACUUUUACGUAGGGGACGACGCCUUCCUUUCCUCCCUGGCUGAUGACACUCUGCUGGGGGAUGAGAGCCAGGAUCGUGGGGUCUCCAACUCCACCUCCAAGCCAGCUGCUACUACGACCAAUAGUGGUGGUUGUAGCGGUUCCAACACCACCACGUUGAAUGGUAGCAAUCUUCUAACAUGUCAGGAUGAAUCCAACUCCAGCACCCCUAUGACAGGCAACUCCCCGACCCCCAACACCUUUCCCGUGGUGAAGCUCGAGAAGGAAUCUGGCUUCAUCCAGCUGUGUACUCCAGGAGUGAUCAAACAGGAGAAGACCUCGGCCAUUCGUAGCUACUCCUGCCGAAUGAGUGGUAGUACCGGCGGCUCCACUUCCUCCUCCCCCUCAGAGCUGUCCAGCGCCAGCCCCAUCUCCAUCUGUGGGGUGAGCACCUCUGGAGGACAGAGCUACCACUUUGGAGUCAACAGCAGCAUUAACACCCCCUUGGCUUCCACUACCAGUGGAGCUUCUCCGCAAAAGGACCAGAAGCCCUCUGUGUUCAGCCUGUAUCCUCCGUUGGUGACCGUAGGAGAGGCUUGGAACAACAGUAGCUAUGGGGACGGAGCUUCUGGAAUGCAAGGUCUCUCCAGCCCUACCUCCUCUUUCUCCAGCAGCUUUGCAAGUUCUACUUCCAGGCAGGGUGGUGGCGCUGCGUCGUGUACAACCCAGGGCAAGGCCGGGACCGCCCAUAAGAUCUGUCUGGUGUGUUCAGAUGAGGCGUCCGGCUGUCACUACGGGGUGCUCACCUGCGGAAGCUGCAAGGUGUUCUUCAAGAGAGCCGUGGAAGGUACGGUGGCAAGGGGGCAACACAACUACCUGUGUGCUGGGAGGAAGGACUGCAUCAUCGAUAAGAUCAGAAGGAAGAACUGUCCAGCCUGCCGCUUCCGCAAGUGUCUCAUGGCAGGGAUGAACCUGGAAGCUCGUAAAACCAAGAAGCUGAACCGUUUAAAGGGGGUGCAGCAGCCCACCAUGGCCGAGCUGACCCCCCGUCCGCUCCCAGAGGCCAGGUCGCUGGUCCCCAAGUCCAUGCCCCAGCUCACCCCCACCAUGCUGUCUCUACUAAAGGCCAUCGAGCCAGACACCAUCUACUCUGGCUACGACGGCACCCUGCCAGACACCUCCACACGCAUCAUGACCACCCUCAACAGGCUGGGGGGACGACAGGUGGUAUCAGCCGUCAAGUGGGCCAAAUCUUUGCCAGGGUUCCGGAACCUUCACCUGGACGACCAGAUGACUCUGCUGCAGUGUUCCUGGUUGUUCCUCAUGUCCUUCGGCCUGGGCUGGAGGUCCUACCAACAGUGUGACGGGAACAUGCUCUGCUUCGCUCCAGACCUCGUUAUCAACCAGGACCGUAUGAAGCUGCCCUACAUGGCAGACCAGUGUGAACAGAUGUUGAAGAUCUCCAGUGAGUUUGUCAGACUGCAGGUGUCUCAUGACGAGUAUCUGUGUAUGAAGGUUCUGCUGCUGCUCAGCACCGUGCCAAAGGAUGGUCUGAAAAGUCAGGCAGUGUUUGAUGAGAUCAGGAUGUCCUACAUCAAGGAGUUGGGGAAGGCCAUCGUCAAGAGAGAGGAAAACUCCAGCCAGAACUGGCAACGCUUCUACCAGCUCACCAAGCUUCUUGACUCCAUGCACGAGAUGGUUGGUGGGCUGCUCAACUUCUGCUUCUACACGUUCGUCAACAAGUCUCUGUCGGUGGAGUUCCCAGAGAUGUUAGCAGAGAUCAUCAGCAACCAGUUACCAAAAUUCAAAGCCGGGAGCGUCAAGCCCCUCCUCUUCCACCAGAAAUGACUGUGUGGUGCUUCCGCCACCAAGACACAAUGCCUUAAAAUCCCCUCACCUUUCCCCUGACAGAGGGAGACCGGGAAGAAGAGAGGACAGAAGAGGAGAUGCUGUUUUGGGAGAAAGUAUACAAAGUACAAGGGUUUGGGGAUUUGGGGAUGAAACAUGGAGGAGGAAGGAGAGAUUUGUCAAGAGGCAGACGACGAGAGGGAAAGAGCACAGAGGUUUUUUGUUUCGUUUAACAUCUAUGAUCCAGUAUGCAGUAUAACAGUAGAAAUAAAUGUCUUAAGUUUAAAGAUAAUCAAGGAUUGAAAUAAACUAACCAUGUUUUCUCAGGUGUAUCACCCUCAGAAUUGAACAAUAUCUAGAUUAAACAAGUAUCUAUGUACAGAUUAUUAAGAUGCUAUUUUUUACAGCCACAGUUUAUACAGUUUAUGAUACAGGUCAUUUCUUACCUCAGCAAAGGUAAACACUAUAACUCUUGUGAUGUUUUCCCACAGGUUUAGCUACUGGGUAUUCCUCUACCUACUGUUGUAACAGAGUUGAUUAUCAAGUCACAUGACAUAAAACAUCUCGUUUUGUUUCGUAAACCGUCUUUACAAAAGCAUGUUUGCAUAGCUUUUUUUUUUAAGUCAGGCAUAACAUUAUGAAAUUGUUGUUAUUUUUGUAAUGUAAGCGUACAGUACACAAUUCACAGAACUAUCUUUGUCUACGUUUAGGCUACACGCUGGCUGCCAGGUUUACACACACACACACACACCGUCGAUCAGAAAAAAGGGAGAGAAAAAAAUAUGUGCCUUUUUUAGCUUGACGUCUGAUUUUAGCCGUUCCCUGACUGUCUGAGGAUGUUCUUCUUUCACCAUCACGGUUGACCCCCGGUGUAUGUGAUUGUUCUCUUCCUAUUACAUGCAGUUUCAGUCAGUUUUCCUUUUUAAAAUGGCUGCCGUGUUUGUCUGUUGCCAUUGCAGCUCGGUUAUGUGUGUGAGAUCAAUCGAUCUAAUAAUACUCCCAAUCUACAUACAGUAUUCCCUUCCUGAUCUCUUGUUCACGUCUCUAUUUUAAAUACUAUUUUAGCACUAUGCCCCCCCCCCCCCCCCCCCCCCCCCGCCUCUACUAAACUGAGAGAAUGUGAAAGUAAGUAGUAGAAAAGAUGUCUUUAACUCUAUUGGAUGUUUGUAAAAGGAAGCUAUUAAUUGUCACCAUUGAACAUGUUAUUUUUGUCAGCAAAAUAUAACUGGGUAUUUAACUAGGCAAGUCAGUUAAGAACAAAUUCUUAUUUACAAUGAUGGCCUACUGGGGAACGCACAACAGAUUUUUACCUUGUCAGCUCGGGGAUUCGAUCCAGCAACCUUUUUGGUUACUGGCCCAACGCUCUAACCACUGCCGGCAGUCAGUGAACCUCUUCCUGUUGCUUUUGUUUUAACUGUUGUUUUGCUAGUCGUUUUUUUGCCCAUUGUCAUUGUUGGAAUGUGUCGGAGAGAGAGAGAGAUGCGUCAGCCAAUCAAAAAUAGAUAGUUUGAGAACGCAUCAGCGGCCCAAAAAACCAGGCUGGUUGCUAUGGUUUCCCUAACCGUAAUAUUUGUAUGGCAGUUCUUGAAUUUAGUUGUACAGUAGUUCUUGGUCACUUUAGGAAAGGCUUCAGUGUUUGACCCUCAAUACUCUAUAUGCUGCUUUCUGUAUGAACACAGGUGUGUUUGAAUAGAUAGUAGAGUGGUAUGUCAAUGAAACAUGGGUAACUUGUCACUAUUGAUCCCUAAAGAGUCACUUAUAUUCUGGCAACAGUGACAUGUCACUGACAUAUCAGACAAUUUGACCAUUUUACGAGACAAACCAGUGAUAGACAGGGUGUUCCGGAGAACUGCCACUGAUGGACCGUGGUCUAGGACAACCUCUUACCCACCUAGGCACCUUGCUUACGUCUUAGCUCUUUGUGUGUUUGACUAAAAACAAUUUUCCAGUAAAGCACUUAGUACUAACAUCCUUCUCUGUCAUCUUGUGUUUUGCACUCAAACUGUGUGUCGUCCCAAAUGACACCCUUGUUCCCUUUGUAGUGUGUUACUUAUGACCAGAGGAGGGCUCUGGUCCAAAGUAGUGCACGAAAUAGGGAAUAAGGUGCCAUUUGGGAUGUAACUUAGUUGUUGGAGGGCAUAGCUUAGUUGAUGGAGGGCAUAGCUUAGUUGAUGGAGGGCAUAGCUUAGUUGAUGGAGGGCAUAGCUUAGUUGAUGGAGGGCAUAGCUUAGUUGAUGGAGGGCAUAGCUUAGUUGUUGGAGGGCAUAGCUUAGUUGAUGGAGGGCAUAGCUUAGUUGAUGGAGGGCAUAGCUUAGUUGAUGGAGGGCAUAGCUUAGUUGAUGGAGGGCAUAGCUUAGUUGAUGGAGGGCAUAGCUUAGUUGAUGGAGGGCAUAGCUUAGUUGAUGGAGGGCAUAGCUUAGUUGAUGGAGGGCAUAGCUUAGUUGAUGGAGGGCAUAGCUUAGUUGAUGGAGGGCAUAGCUUAGUUGAUGGAGGGCAUAGCUUAGUUGAUGGAGGGCAUAGCUUAGUUGAUGGAGGGCAUAGCUUAGUUGAUGGAGGGCAUGUCCUCUGGGACUUUCAGUGCCAAACUUUUUUUUCAGGUUUGGAAAACAGUCCUCGUUUUAACAGUUGUCAGUGUUUAUUUCAGAAAAAGAUGAGGGAGAGAAAAAAAAACCUACUUAAAGCACUUAUGUCCACCGUGGAUUGAGUGGAUUAUUAGAGAAACUAAAAAGGUGAACUAUUGACCUUUUUUAGUGUUUUCAUCCCCACUAGAGAUUCCCUAGCAUAAAUAUAGAUAGCAGGUUGACCCUUUAAGUCUAACAAACCCUUUCUAUACACAUGUACUUAGGUAGUUUAAUGAGUCCAACAUGAAUUUGUAAUAUUUUAUGAUUUUGUCAUCAUGUUGUCACCAAAAACAUUUUCCUGCUUUGUCAUUCAUGUUUUGCUUCUGUGCAGAUUUUUUUGUUCUUUCUCCCGUGAAACACAAACCAACCCAGGUAUCAAAAUGAAUGUGAAUCUCUGUACUAGGUCAGGCGGGGAUGACUUAGGUCCUGGAGGGAGGGCAUAGUGUCUGCUGGUCCUGGAGGGAGGGAGGGCAUAGUGUCUGCUGGUCCUGGAGGGAGGGCAUAGUGUCUGCUGGUCCUGGAGGGAGGGCAUAGUGUCUGCUGGUCCUGGAGGUAGGGCAUAGUGUCUGCUGGUCCUGGAGGGAGGGAGGGCAUAGUGUCUGCUGGUCCUGGAGGGAGGGAGGGCAUAGUGUCUGCUGGUCCUGGAGGGAGAGAGGGCAUAGUGUCUGCUGGUCCUGGAGGGAGGGAGGGCAUAGUGUCUGCUGGUCCUGGAGGGAGGGCAUAGUGUCUGCUGGUCCUGGAGGUAGGGCAUAGUGUCUGCUGGUCCUGGAGGGAGGGAGGGCAUAGUGUCUGCUGGUCCUGGAGGGAGGGAGGGCAUAGUGUCUGCUGGUCCUGGAGGGAGAGAGGGCAUAGUGUCUGCUGGUCCUGGAGGGAGGGAGGGCAUAGUGUCUGCUGGUCCUGGAGGGAGGGAGGGCAUAGUGUCUGCUGGUCCUGGAGGGAGGGAGGGCAUAGUGUCUGCUGGUCCUGGAGGGAGGGCAUAGUGUCUUCUGGUCCUGGAGGGAGGGCAUAGUGUCUUCUGGUCCUGGAGGGAGGGCAUAGUGUCUGCUGGUCCUGGAGGGAGGGCAUAGUGUCUGCUGGUCCUGGAGGGAGGGCAUAGUGUCUGCUGGUCCUGGAGGGAGGGCAUAGUGUCUGCUGGUCCUGGAGGGAGGGAGGGCAUAGUGUCUGCUGGUCCUGGAGGUAGGGCAUAGUGUCUGCUGGUCCUGGAGGGAGGGAGGGCAUAGUGUCUGCUGGUCCUGGAGGGAGGGAGGGCAUAGUGUCUGCUGGUCCUGGAGGGAGAGAGGGCAUAGUGUCUGCUGGUCCUGGAGGGAGGGAGGGCAUAGUGUCUGCUGGUCCUGGAGGGAGGGCAUAGUGUCUGCUGGUCCUGGAGGUAGGGCAUAGUGUCUGCUGGUCCUGGAGGGAGGGAGGGCAUAGUGUCUGCUGGUCCUGGAGGGAGGGAGGGCAUAGUGUCUGCUGGUCCUGGAGGGAGAGAGGGCAUAGUGUCUGCUGGUCCUGGAGGGAGGGAGGGCAUAGUGUCUGCUGGUCCUGGAGGGAGGGAGGGCAUAGUGUCUGCUGGUCCUGGAGGGAGGGAGGGCAUAGUGUCUGCUGGUCCUGGAGGGAGGGCAUAGUGUCUUCUGGUCCUGGAGGGAGGGCAUAGUGUCUUCUGGUCCUGGAGGGAGGGCAUAGUGUCUGCUGGUCCUGGAGGGAGGGCAUAGUGUCUGCUGGUCCUGGAGGGAGGGCAUAGUGUCUGCUGGUCCUGGAGGGAGGGCAUAGUGUCUGCUGGUCCUGGAGGGAGGGAGGGCAUAGUGUCUGCUGGUCCUGGAGGGAGGGCAUAGUGUCUUCUGGUUACUUGUCCUAACUCCUGGCACGUAUUUAAUCCAUUACUUUUACUAGUUGCUCUGAGAGGGCAACAUACCUGGUUAAAUUCAGUCACUGGUUUAAAGGAAGACCAGGAGGCAUUCUAAAAAUGUAUGGUGAUGCCGCACAUUGAAGGGGAAUUUGAGAGAAUUGUUAACCCGAAACCUGAAGCGAUUUUGAAUAGUUGGGGUGUGUUCCAACUUCUCACCGAACUGGCAUUAAAAAUACAAUGCUAGUUAUUUGUUUGCCGUCAUUGGUCUAUUUACGCGUUGGAAAAAUGACUAUUUUAUUAUUUUCAUACACUAUGCCAACAUCUAAUAAAAAGCUAUACAUUAGUGAUUCUUAAGAACAACUAUACCAUACUCAGGUUGUUGUCAUUGGUUAAAAAUGUAUGUGGUCAUCUAUGUUGAUGGAACCAUUUUAAAACCAAAAACAUUCAGUUUUGAUUCCCAACAUUGUGUGUUUUUUGUGACAUUCAUUAAUUAACAGUCAGGUUAAAUAAAAGCUCACCUGGCCAUUCAGGUAAGUUAGUUUCAUACUGGACAUGCCAAAGUCAUUUGAUGUUCUCACUACUUGGUUAGCCGUUGUUAGCUUCCCAAUCUAUCCUAAAGGAAAAUAUUUUAUUUUCUUUCAAUGGUGGUACAAACAUAGUUGAGCAAAACCAGCAAACUAGUUCUCCCGAUCUAAACAGCUUCUGGAUUACUUUCACAUUCAGUGUGGCUACAAGUUGUUCUCUGCUGUUGCCUUUCAUAUAACAAGUAUGAAACCACAAACUACUCACCUCUCCUUAUCCAAAAAAUGUAUUGGUCUCUGUGAAAUUGUAUCAUACAGUACAUUUUUUGACAAGGACAUCUGAAAAUAUGCAAUACAAAUUACAAAUACAUGACUUACUUGUUGCUCUAAACAAGAGAAUAUGGACGUGUACUAUGUAAUUUCUUUUUUUUUCCUUUUACAAUAUAAGCUAUUUUAGACAGAAAAUGUUCACUUUAGUGAACUAUUCUCUGUAUUUCUCUGCAGGACAGAUUUUCAGGAAACCUUUCAAUAGUGUCAAUAUAUACCAUUUAUUUAGACAACACAGUUCCAGUAUAUUACAUUUUUCUAUCAGGUGGCCAAAGCAAAGUUCAGCAUAUUUUCCUGUUGUUUUAGUGGCGUACAGGGCUUUUCUGUUUCAUAACACAUUUUAUAUAUAUUUUCUUUUUUUUGUAUUGCUUUGGUCAAAUGUUGUGUACUAAUAUUAUGAAGAUAGUAGUCAGUCAAAAAGUUCACAAAUCAACCAGUUUGAACCUAACAAUUUCCUCUGCCCCAAAAUAUUGUUUAGAAUUUCUAUUUUGUAUAAAACAAAUGCAGCCGUGAACUUCUGAAGCGUAUUAUCAAGGGCAGAACGAUGAUUAUUCACUGGUAUAUGCUGUUCUCCGAAGCUUCUUUGUUUUGCUUGUACACAAUUAUGUACAUAUAAUCCAAAGUAAAGCAAAAACUAUUUGUUGUAUUUCUCCCACAAAUAAUAAUAGUUUUCUAUAUCCUGUGUAUUAUUGCUAAUCUGUAGUAGGUCAUGUCGAUGUUUUUCCUUCCACUAAAUGUUGGAACUAC